AUGACGACCACCUCCCCAAUCGGGCUUGCGCCGAUUCGAACUACAACUGCUUCCAUUUCAACUACAACUUACCAACCCUGCACGUGGAGAGGACAUUGUCUAGGAGCGGCAUGUUUCACGAACGAGGACUGCGACAAUGACUGGGUCUGUCGGAACAAGGUCUGCAGUCCGUGCUGCGAAAGCGAUGUCGCAUCCCCAUCGUCUACUUCCGUCUCUCCUACGGCAACUCUUCCAGCCACUGGAGACCAUCUCAAUCAGCUCGGCACUGCAGGAGCUGUCGGGAUUGGCAUCGGUAUUGUGGCACUCGUCUCUGCAACCAUAGGCAUUGCAUGCUGGUUAUGGCGUAGACGACGUCGAAAACCUUCUAUUAGGAGUGCGCCUUCUCUCACAUCUACAACACCAUCAAGCCUCCAACGGCCUAGAUCAGCAUCAGACGAUCGCAAACGACUCAUCGGGCGUCGCUCGCACGGGGAACUAGAACUCGAUGCCCCACAGAAGCCGGGUGAACUCGAAUCUAUAGAGCUUCUGGAGCUCGAGGGUAAUCAUGAAUGGCCCAUCCCAAACUCGACAUAUAAGCCUCCAAUUGUGGUUCCUCAGCGGACUGUUGCGCGCCAGCGAUAUCGCUUCGAGGAAUACGAGAUAUCACCGGAAGCUCUCACACGCGGGGAGUUGAGCUUUUCACCUGUCUCGGCUCUCACUCCUGAAGGGACUUUCGUCAAUUUGGGGCGCAUACAGAACAUGGGGGAUGUUGAUGCUGAGCAACUACCAGCCCUCGACAACCGUGGCAGGGGUGAUGCAUCACACUCCUCGCAUAGCUUGUCUCGGUGGCCCAAUACAAUAUAUAGCUCCUCGUCGGACACGCCGCGAUGA